AUGGACGACCUGUUCCCCCUCAUCUUCCCGUCCGAGCCCGCCCAGGCGCCCGGCCCCUUCGUGGAGAUCAUCGAGCAGCCCAAGCAGCGGGGCAUGCGCUUCCGCUACAAGUGCGAGGGCCGCUCGGCGGGCAGCAUCCCCGGCGAGAGGAGCACGGACACCACCAAGACCCACCCCACCAUUAAGAUCAAUGGCUACACGGGGCCAGGGACGGUUCGCAUCUCCCUGGUCACCAAGGACCCCCCGCACCGGCCGCACCCCCACGAGCUGGUAGGGAAAGACUGCCGGGAUGGCUUCUACGAGGCUGAGCUCUGCCCGGACCGCUGCAUCCACAGCUUCCAGAACCUGGGGAUCCAGUGUGUGAAGAAGCGGGACCUGGAGCAGGCCAUCAGUCAGCGCAUCCAGACCAACAACAACCCCUUCCAAGUUCCCAUAGAGGAGCAGCGCGGAGACUACGACCUGAAUGCCGUGCGGCUCUGCUUCCAGGUGACAGUGCGGGACCCAUCGGGCAGGCCCCUCCGCCUGCCUCCUGUCCUCUCUCAUCCCAUCUUUGACAACCGCGCCCCCAACACAGCGGAGCUCAAGAUCUGCCGAGUGAACCGGAACUCCGGGAGCUGCCUCGGCGGGGACGAGAUCUUCCUGCUGUGUGACAAGGUGCAGAAAGAGGACAUUGAAGUGUACUUCACGGGGCCGGGCUGGGAGGCCCGCGGCUCCUUCUCCCAAGCCGACGUGCACCGGCAAGUGGCCAUUGUGUUCCGGACGCCUCCCUACGCGGACCCCAGCCUGCAGGCCCCCGUGCGCGUCUCCAUGCAGCUGCGGCGGCCCUCGGACCGGGAGCUCAGCGAGCCCAUGGAGUUCCAGUACUUGCCGGACACAGAUGAUCGUCACCGGAUCGAGGAGAAACGCAAAAGGACAUACGAGACCUUCAAGAGCAUCAUGAAGAAGAGUCCUUUCAAUGGACCCACUGACCCCCGGCCUCCUCCCCGGCGCAUUGCGGUACCUUCCCGCAGCUCGACUUCCGUCCCUAAGCCAGCUCCCCAGCACUAUCACUUUACGCCAUCCUCCCUCAGCACCAUCAACUUUGAGGAGUUUUCCCCCAUGAUCUUUUCUGAGCAGAUCCCAACCCAGCCCUCAGCCAUGGCACCAGCCCCUCUCUCAGCCAUGGCACCUGCCCCUCCCUCAGCCAUGGCACCUGCCCCUCCCUCAGCCAUGGCACCUGCCCCUCCCUCAGCCAUGGCACCAGCUCUGGUUCAGACCCCAGGCCCUGUCCAAAUCCUAGCCUCCAGCCUUGCUCAGGCUGUGGCCCCGCCUGCCCCCAAGCCCACCCCGGCAGGGGAAGGGACACUGACGGAGGCCCUGCUACAGCUGCAGUUUGACGCUGAUGAAGACCUGGGGUCUCUGCUGGGCAAUAAUUCUGACCCGGCCGUGUUCACGGACCUGGCAUCUGUCGACAACUCUGAGUUUCAGCAGAUGCUGAACCAGGGUGUGUCUAUGGCCCCACACACAGCGGAGCCCAUGCUGAUGGAGUACCCUGAGGCUAUAACACGCCUGGUGUCAGGGUCCCAGAAUCCCCCUGACCCAGCUCCUGCUCCCCUGGGCCCCUCUGGCCUCUCCAACGGCCUCCUGUCAGGGGAUGAAGACUUUUCCUCCAUCGCAGACAUGGACUUCUCAGCCCUGCUGAGUCAGAUCAGCUCCUAA